AUGGUGCGCUACCGGAUCCUGUCCCAGACGCCACACAGCCCCAUCCCCAACAUGUUCACCAUCAACAGUGAGACCGGAGACAUUGUCACCGUGGCAGCAGGCCUCGAUCGCGAGGUCAGUAACCCUGGUAACGCUGGUGGGAUGUGUUCUCACUCAAAAGUAGGGCCCAGAGUUUUUCCUGUUCAGGUCAGAAAAACUCCUGGCCCUCCACAUAAGGAAAGAGGAUAAUGUCAUGUGAAACUCAAGGUUCAUUUCCCACAGUGUGUUUGUGUUGUGGUAAUAGCAGUGCUGGAACUGCCUCUGGGAACAACCUGUUCUCAGAGCAUUUCGUAUUAUUUUGUAUGUAAAUCCGAGACUCUCCAUUUAGUAUGAUACAGUAUGUUACGUUUCAUAUGGUAUGUAUUAAUUUGUGAAUGUCCAUCACCCAUUUCGUAUGAUAUGUUACGAAUUACAAUUUGUAUUAUAUGUUUUGAAUUUUCAAAACAUACAAUAUAUUACGGAUUUGCUAAACGUACUAUAUGUUAUGAUUUCUGCUAAAUGUAUGAUAUGUCACGAAUUCUAGAUAGGUGGCUAGGUGGCUAACGUUAGCUAGCUGUCUAACGUUAGCUAGGCUAGGGAAUGGGUUAGGGGUUAGGGUUAUGGCUGGGUUAAGUUUAGGAGUUAGGUUAAAUGGUUAAAGUUAGGGUUAGGGGAAAGGUUAAGGUUAAGUUUAGGAGUUAGAUUAAAGGGUUAAAGAUAGGGUUAGGGUUAAGUGAAGGGUUGGCUAAAAUGGUUAAGGUUAGGGUUAGUGGAAUUGUUAGCUAACAUGCUAAGUAGUUGCAAAGUAGCUAAAAAGUAGUAAGUAGUUGAAAGUUGCAUACAUUUUUAAAGUUGUCCGUGAUGAGAUUUGAACUCUCAACUUUGGGUUAAAUACCUACCCAUCCACCCCAACCAACCACCCUAUUUUCAUUUUUGCUUUAAGUAACCAUCUGUCUUAUGUAACCAUACCAAAUGUAACAUACAGUAUCAUACUUAUUUGAGUGUCUCUGAUUUUACAUCUAGUCUAUGAGACCAGGCUGCUGGGAAAGACUUCUGUAGCAGAAUCAUUCAGAUGAUGGGAUGUUUGUAGGCUACACUGAGUGUACAAAACAUUAGGAACACCUUCCUAAUAUUGAGUUGCACCCGCUUUUGCCCUCAGAACAGCCUCAAUUUGUUGGGGCAUGGACUGCAAGCUGUCGAAUGCGUUCCGCAGGGAUACUGGUUCAUAUUGACUCCAAUGCGUUCCACAGUUGUGUCAAGUUGGCUGGAUGCCCUUUGGAUGGUGGACCAUUCUUGAUACACACAGGAAAUUGUUGAGCAUGAAAAACCCUAGCAGCACUGCAGUUCUUGACACACUCAAACUAGUGUGCCUGGCACUUUCUACCAUACCCUGUUCAAAGGCACUUCAAUCUUUUGUCUUGCUCAUUUACCCUAUGAAUGGCACACAUACACAGUCCAUGUCUCAAUUGUCUCAAGGCAUAAAAAUCCUUCUUUAACCUGUCUCCUCAACUUCCUCUACACUGAUUGAAGUGGAUUUUACAAGUGACAUCAAUAAGGGAUCAUAGAUUUCACCUGGAUUCACCUCGUCAGUUUAUGUCAUGAAAAGAGUUCCUAAUGUUUUGUACACUCAGUGUAUUUGACCAUUGAGUGCUUUGUUUGACUGUGUGUAUGUUUGAUCACUAGUUGCUCUGCUUAACUCUUUAUUUUCUUCUUUCUGUGUGUUUGUCCUGUAGAAAGUGUCCCAGUACAGCAUCAUCGUCCAGGCCACGGACAUGGAGGGCAACCUAAACUUCGGCCUGUCCAACACGGCCACCGCCAUCAUCUCUGUCACAGAUAUCAAUGACAACCCACCCGAGCUCACCUCCAGAACCGUGAGUGGAGGGAGGAGAGAGAGGAGGGGAACAUGGAGGGGGAGGGGGAGGGAAAGGGGAGGGGGAAGAUGGGGAAGGUAUGGGAGAUGGAGGAGUGGAAUUCAGGGAGAAGGGUAGAAGAUGAGAGGGAUGAGGAGAGAGGGAGAGGGGAAGGGGUGAAACACAGCCCUUGUAUCAUCUCAGAGAAAGCACACACACCUGACCUGAGUGAAAUAAAUGUCCAAUCUUGAGCUUUCAUCACCUAGAAAACAAUAGCAAGCAGACCUACCUAUGAUAAUAGUGGUGAUAAUGGUUAUAAGUAUGAUCCUUACCGUAUAUUUAAAAAAAGUAAUUAUUGGAGGCACAGGACCAAAUCAAAGUAGAGAAUGAAGUGUGUGAUCAAACGGCAUGGAGACUAGCACACAUUGCUGCCAACGUAUCCAUACAUCUUCUGGUUACCCAGGGAAUGUUGAUUGUUAUAGCCGGGUCUCCAAAAGUGCACGCACGCACACAUACACACACGCCCCCACAAAAGAGACAGACAGACACACACACACAGUCGUACCCUGGAAGCACUACCAGCCAGACAUAGUAAAUGUGUGGAGGGUGAGUGGAGGGAUGCAGGGUUAGGGGGGUGGGGAGGGGAGGGGUGAGGUUGAGGUUGAGGUUGAGGGGGGAGGUGGGGGGAGGGGGGAGGCAGGGAGUAGAAGAAGUAUUCCUGAUAGUUGGGAAAUGAGAAAACUCCAAGAGUGAUUUGUUAUCUGGAUGGCUGGAAUGGGUAGGAUGGCUAAAAGAGUAAAGGAGGGUUAGCUGAGAGGAAACAGUAAGUAAGUGUAUGUGGGCUGUAAUUUCUACAGCGAGGUGCUUGACACAAAAGUGUAUAGGGAGAAAUGAUUCUGUGUUGCUUUGUUGGAGCGUGUGAGAGCGUGUAUAGCAGGGGAGGGGUAUACUUCAGACCUUUUAAGUUAUUUAUGUGAAAACAAUUAAGCAGUUAGAUCAUCUUAUGAUUGUAAGCAAGGAUAUGUCAGGUCAUGAGCUGAAUUGAAAUCCGGUCCUGGGUAUGUGUGAUAGGUACUACACAGUGCAGGUAGCAGGUGGUAAGAGUUUGUAUAUGUGUUAACUUAUAUGCCUUAUGUGGCAAACAAAAUGAAAUAUCCCUCUCACACCCCAUCAGCUAGAGAAGGUGGGGGAAGGUGAGAAUGAGGAGAGAGAGAGAGAGAGAGAGAGAGAGAGAGAGAGAGAGAGAGAGAGAGAGAGAGGAGAGAGAGAGAGAGAGAGAGAGACAGAGAGAGAGAGAGAGAGAGAGAGGGGGAUGCUUUAGCGUUGAUAUGAGAUUGUUGUAAAAUUUGGGGACAGGCCCUUGAGCAGGUGUAGUCAUGUGUGUGUGUGUGACUGUGUGUGUGUGUCUCAUUAACCCUGUGUCAGUCAUUAAGGCGUGCUGAGCCCUCCGGUGGCCCAGGUGGCGAUCUGAGCUGAUUAACUCAGCUGUUUAUCAGUGCAACAGGAAACAGCUUACGCAGGUGGAGCGCUUCACGACACAAUCAUUAGGAGAGCACUGAGAGUUGAGGAAGAAGGGGAGGGAGGAACGAAGGACAUUUAACAAGAGAGAGGGAGAUGGGGAGAGAGCAGAGAAGACAGGGGUAUAAGAAAGGUAAGAGACAGAAGUGAGAGGAAAGAAAGGGAUAUUAGAAAGAUGACCUAACAGUUUAGAAUAUGAUGCUUCACACAUACAGUGCCUUCAGAAAGUAUUCGCACCCCUUGACUUUUUCCACAUUUUGUUGUGUUACAAAGUGGGAUUCAAAUGGAUUUAAUUUACAUUUUUUGUCAACGAUCUACACAAACUUCACUGUAAUAUCAAGGUGGAAAAAAAUUCUAACAAUUGUCAAAUAUUUAUGAAAAAUAAAACACUCAAAUAUGUCUUGAUUAGAUAAGUAUUCAACCUCCUAAAUCAAUACAUGUUAGAAUCACCUUUGGCAGCGAUUACAACCGUGAGUCUUUCUGGGUAAGUCUCUAAGAGCUUUGCACACAUGGACAAUAUUUGCACCGUAUUCUUCUAGGAUUUUGCCUGUGCUUACCUCUAGUCCUUUUUAUCAUAAAAAAACUCCAUAGUCCUUGCUAUUGACAAGCAUUCCCAUAACAUGAUGCAGCUACCACCAUGCUUUAAAAUAUGAAGAGUGGUACUCAGUGAUGUGUUGUGUUGGAUUUGCCCCAAACAUAACGCUUUGUAAUCUGGACAUAAAGUUAAUUUCUUUGCCACAUUUUUUGCAGUUUUACUUUAGUGCCUUAUUGCAAACAGGAUGCAUGAUUUGGAAUAUUUGUAUUCUGUACAGGCGUCCUUCUUAUCACUCUAUUAAUUAUAUAAACAGUACCAGUAAAAAGUUUGGACACACCUACUCAUUCAAGGGUUUUUCUUUAUUUGUACUAUUUUCUACAUUGUAGAAUAAUAGUGAAGACAUCAACACUUUGAAAUAACACAUAUGGAAUCAUGUAGUAACCAAAAAAAGUGUUAAACAAAUCAAAAUAUAUUUUAGAUUUUAGAUUCUUCAAAGUAGCCACCCUUUGCUUUGAGGACAGCUUUGCACACUCUUGGCAUUCUCUCAAACAGCUUCACCUGGAAGGUUCCCACAUAUACUGAGCACUUGUUAGCUGCUUUUCCUUCACUCUACGGUCCAACUCAUCCCAAACCAUCUCAAUUGGGUUGAGGUCAGGUGAUUGUGGAGGUCAGGUCAUCUGAUGCAGCACACCAUCACUCUCCUUCUUGGUCAAAUAGCCCUUACACAGCCUGGAGAUGUGUUGGGUCAUUGUCCUGUUGAAAAACAAAUAAUAGUCCCACUAAGCGCAAACCAGAUGGGAUGGCAUAUCGCUGCAGAAUGCUGUGGUAGCCAAGCUGGUUAAGUGUGCCUUGAAUUCUAAAUAAAUCAUAGACAAUGUCACCAGCAAAGCACCCCCACACCAUCACACCUCCUUCUCCAUGCUUCACGGUGGGAACCACACAUGCGGAGAUCAUCCUUUCACCUACUCUGCGUCUUACAAAAAUACGGCUGUUGGAACCAAAAAUCUCAAAUUUGGACUCAUCAGACCAAAGGACAGAUUUCCACCAGUCUAAUGUCAAUUUCUCGUGUUUCUUGGCCCAAGCAAGUCACUUCUUCUUAUUGGUGUCCUUUAGUAGUGGUUUCUUUGCAGCAAAAUCGACCAUGAAGGCCUGGUUUACGCAGUCUCCUCUGAACAGUUGAUGUUGAGAUGUGUCUGUUACCUGAACUCAGUGAAGCAUUUAUUUGGUCUGCAAUUUCUGAGGCUGGUAACUUGAUAUAACGACUUUUGAUACAGGAUGUAUUAAUGUACAGUGGGGAAAAAAAGUAUUUAGUCAGCCACCAAUUGUGCAAGUUCUCCCACUUAAAAAGAUGAGAGAGGCCUGUAAUUUUCAUCAUAGGUACACGUCAACUAUGACAGACAAAUUGAGGAAAAAAAAUCCAGAAAAUCACAUUGUAGGAUUUUUAAUGAAUUUAUUUGCAAAUUAUGGUGGAAAAUAAGUAUUUGGUCACCUACAAACAAGCAAGAUUUCUGGCUCUCACAGACCUGUAACUUCUUCUUUAAGAGGCUCCUCUGUCCUCCACUCGUUACCUGUAUUAAUGGCACCUGUUUGAACUUGUUAUCAGUAUAAAAGACACCUGUCCACAACCUCAAACAGUCACACUCAAAACUCCACUAUGGCCAAUACCAAAGAGCUGUCAAAGGACACCAGAAACAAAAUUGUAGACCUGCACCAGGCUGGGAAGACUGAAUCUGCAAUAGGUAAGCAGCUUGGUUUGAAGAAAUCAACUGAGGGAGCAAUUAUUAGGAAAUGGAAGACAUACAAGACCACUGAUAAUCCAACCACACGGGGGGACCUAGUGAAUGACCUGCAGAGAGCUGGGACCAAAGUAACAAAGCCUACCAUCAGUUACACACUACGCCACCAGGGACUCAAAUCCUGCAGUGCCAGACGUGUCCCCCUGCUUAAGCCAGUACAUGUCCAGGCCCGUCUGAAGUUUGCUAGAGUGCAUUUGGAUGAUCCAGAAGAGGAUUGGGAGAAUGUCAUAUGGUCAGAUGAAACCAAAAUAGAACUUUUUGGUAAAAACUCAACUCGUCGUGUUUGGAGGACAAAGAAUGCUGAGUUGCAUCCAAAGAACACCAUACCUAUUGUGAAGCAUGGGGGUGGAAACAUCAUGCUUUGGGGCUGUUUUUCUGCAAAGGGACCAGGACGACUGAUCUGUGUAAAGGAAAGAAUGAAUGGGGCCAUGUAUCGUGAGAUUUUGAGUGAAAACCUCCUUCCAUCAGCAAGGGCAUUGAAGAUGAAACGUGGCUGGGUCUUUCACCAUGACAAUGAUCCCAAACACACCGCCCGGGCAACGAAGGAGUGGCUUCGUAAGAAGCAUUUCAAGGUCCUGGAGUGUCCUAGCCAGUCUCCAGAUCUCCACCCCAUAGAAAAUCUUUGGAGGGAGUUGAAAUUCUGUGUUGCCCAGCGACAGCCCCAAAACAUCACUGCUCUAGAGGAGAUCUGCAUGCCAAAAUACCACCAAGACUUACAGAAAACGUUUGACCUGUGUCAUUGCCAACAAAGGGUAUAAAACAAAGUAUUGAGAAACUUUUGUUAUUGACCAAAUACUUAUUUUCCACCAUAAUUUGCAAAUAAAUUCAUUAAAAAUCCUACAAUGUGAUUUUCUGGGAAAAGAUUUCUCAUUUUGUCUGUCAUAGUUGACGUGUACCUAUGAUGAAAAUUACAGGCCUCUCUCAUCUUUUUAAGUGGGAGAACUUGCACAAUUGGUGGCUGACUAAAUACUUUUUUCCCCCACUGUAUAUAUAUAUAUAUAUACUGUAUCCAGUCGUGGUCAAAUGUUUUGAGAAUGACACAAGUAUUGGUCUUCACAAAGUUCGCUGCUUCAGUGUUAUGAUAUAUUUUUGUCAGGUGUUACUAUGGUGUACUGAAGUAUAAUUACAAGCAUUCCGUAAGUGUCAAAGGCUUUCAUUGACAAUUACAUUAAGUUUAUGCAAAGAGUCAAUAUUUGCAGUGUUGACCCUUCUUUUUCAAGACCUCUGCAAUCCACCCUGGCAUGCUGUCAAUUAUCUUCUGGGCCACAUCCUGACUGAUGGCAGCCCAUUCUUGCAUAAUCAAUGCUUGGAGUUUGUCAGAAUUUGUGGGUUUUUGUUUGUCCACCCACCUCUUGAGGAUCGACAACAAGUUCUCAAUGGGAUUAAGGUCUGGGGAGUUUCCUGGCCAUGGACCCAAAAUGUCGAUGUUUUGUUCCCGAGCCACUUAGUUAUCACUUUUGCCUUAUGGCAAGGUACUCCAUCAUGCUGGAAAAGGCAUUGGUCGUCACCAAACUGUUCUUGGAUGGUUGGGAGAAGUUGCUCUCGGAGGAUGUGUUGGUACCAUUCUUUAUUCAUGGCUGUGUUCUUAGGCAAAAUUGUGAGUGAGCCCACUCCCUUGGCUGAGAAGCAACCCCACACAUGAAUGGUCUCAGGAUGCUUUAUUGUUGGCAUGACACAGGACUGAUGGUAGCGCUCACCUUGUCUUCUCCGGACAAGGUGUUUUCCGGAUGCCCCAAACAAUCGGAAAGGGGAUUCAUCAGAGAAAAUGACUUUACCCCAGUCCUCAGCAGUCCAAUCCCUGUACCUUUUGCAGAAUAUCAGUCUGUCCCUGAUGUUUUUCCUGUAGAGAAGUGGCUUCUUUGCUGCCCUUCUUGACACCAGGCCAUCCUCCAAAAGUCUUCGCCUCACUGUGCGUGCAGAUGCACUCACACCUGCCUGCUGCCAUUCCUGAGCAAGCUCUGCACUGGUGGUGCCCCGAUCCCGCAGCUGAAUCAACUUUAGGAGACGGUCCUGGCGCUUGCUGGACUUUCUUGGGCGCCCUGACGCCUUCUUCACAACAAUUGAACCUCUCGCCUUGAAGUUCUUGAUGAUCCGAUAAAUGGUUGAUUUAGGUGCAAUCUUACUAGCAGCAAUAUCCUUGCCUGUGAAGCCCUUUUUGUGCAAAGCAAUGAUGACGGCACGUGUUUCCUUGCAGGUAACCAUGGUUAACAGAGGAAUAACAAUGAUUUCAAGCACCACCCUCCUUUUAAAGCUUCCAGUCUGUUAUUCUAACUCAAUCAGUAUGACAGAGUGAUCUCCAGCCUUGUCCUCGUCAACACUCUCACCUGUGUUAAUGAGAGAAUCACUGACAUGAUGGCAGCUGGUCCUUUUGUGGAAAUAGGGAUGAAAAUAGGGCUGAAAUACAGUGGAAAUGUUUUUGGGGGAUUAAGUUCAUUUUCAUGGCGAAGAGGGACUUUGCAAUUAAUUGCAAUUCAUCUGAUCCCUCUUCAUGACAUUCUGGAGUAUAUGCAAAUUGCCAUCAUCAAAACUGAGCCAGAAGACUUUGUGAAAAUUAGUAUUUGUGUCAUUCUCAAAACUUUUGACCACGACUGUAUAUUUCUCUAUAUACUGUAUGACUUUUAGCAUGUGUGUUUUCCCCAUCUGGACAUCAGCAGCAUCUCCAGUUGUGAGUAGACAGGAGUCUUGGGGAGCUUAGGAAUUAGCAUUAACAUGCACCCUGGGGGCCAUUAAGAUCCUUAUGAUUAGGAGUUAACGGAGUUGCUAAGCAUGUCAGACGUAAGGUUCAUCAACGAUCUGCUGCUACACAGCUACACAGCAGGGGCAAGCACAGAUAAAGGGAUAGAGAGGAAAGGGGAGAGGGAGGAGAGAGGGGAGGGGAGAGGAGAGGGAGGAGAAGAGAGAAGAGAGGAGAGGGAGGAGAGAGGAGAGGAGAGGAAGGAGAGGGUUGUGGCCUGCAAGGGAGAGCGUUGAUAAAUGGGGAUAGGGUGGAGGAGAGAAAGAAAUUAUAGAAGGUGGUGGGUUAAAGGAGAAGAGAGCGUGGUAGGUAAGAAACGUGUAAGGAGCUGCAGUAUUAGAUAUGAUGUGCUAUUCUAGCUAUACCAUGUCCAUAAGGAGAACAUACACACAGUCAGGCCUAUUUUAAAUCAGACCCUUUUUUACUGCAUUAGGAUUCUACAGUUGUGGUAGCGUAUUGAUGAUAGUAGUUUGUAACAGAUGGAGUCUCAUCCACUGUAUUUGUGUGGGUUUAAGUGCAUUUCAAUCACCCAGCACAGAUGGGGGUAGCUAAAUAAAUGCCGUGGCUGAUAUUGAUGAUGAUUGGCCCUGCUAUUUUGCAGAGUGUAGGUCUUGGAGCCACGAUGAGCGGAACACUUUUUACAAGCUCCCUAUAUAAAUCAUUCAGUUCACCAGUGGGCUACAUAAAAGCCAUUUUGUCGACAACGCAGGCCAUUAUGCAAAUAUUUAGGGUUUGCAGUAAAUCUAUCAAAGUGUCCCUGAAAUAUUACUUUUGGGGAAUUUCUCUUUAAUGUUUGAGAUUAAUAUUUCAUCAGGCCUAUCAGAGCCUGGCCUAUUUUUCAAGGCAGGCAGACAGGCAGUGGGUGGGGUGCGUGUGUGUUUCAAAGUGGAUGUGUUUGUCUGUUUGUGUGCUUAUCUGUAAUAGAGUAUAGCUGUAUUCGAAUACUCAUACUAACUGCACUAACCAUACUAUUUGUGAUGUAAAUUGAAUGUAUGUUUAUUGGUCAUAGUAUGGAUAUAGUUAGUAUGCCAAAAGUUCCCGGAUGUCGUACUACAUUCGCCAAAAUAUGAAGUAUACAAGCAGUGGACACUAUUUCCGUGCUUUUAGGGCCCUUAAUGCAAUUCUUCAGAAAAUGGGCGUGGCUUCACAACAUUUUCAAAUUUGAAGAAAAUGGUGGAAAAUAUGCAGCUGAAGUCCGACAAGAGCGGAUACAAAUUAAUUGCUUUAACCAAUUAUGAGCAAUGUAAUAAAGUAAUGACUUUUCAAAUAAGUUACGUUACACGUUAUGUUGGCUGACAAUUUGUUAGCUACGCUUUCCUUACGAACCGCAUAGCAUAUCAUUACAGCUGUAUGUACCGGUAUGUUAGCUAGCUACAUAACAUUAGUUGGCUACUAAUACAUCGAACUUGCCAGCAUAUUAACUAUAUGCUAUCUAACUAACUACCCAACGUUUAUUGACUUGAUUAUUCACGUCAUUCUUAGCAUAGCUAAGUGGUAUUGUUGUUGUGUGUUCUCAAUGGACAUUGUUAAUGAAGUCGUAAGAUGUCUAGCUAGUAAUUUGUUAUGCUAACAAGCUAGCCAGAAGUUGGAUAGCAACAGCAUCCACUUCCGGUAGACAGGCGAAGCGCUAGUACCAUCAACUGAAAGGAUACCGUUUGUUUACAGUAUACUAAAAUGAACAUAUAAUUUAGUAUGUAGUAUAUACUCAUUAAGUAUGUAGUAUACAGUAUGUUAGUAUGGGUAUUCGAACACAGCUUAUGUGUGUGUGUAUUGGUGUGUAGUUUAUUCCUGUGAGUUUGAGAAAAAAGUAGACGUGUUUGUGUGUGUGCAUGCAUGUGUGUGUACCCCAUGCUCAUUAGUGAGGAAUAACCCCAGCCAGUAGGAACACCAGAUUGGCCUGCAUCUUGUUCUCCUGUCUCAUUUUACAUCACCUAGGCCCCAUGAUGAAGCUCCCUGUCACCCCCUCUCUCCCUCUACCUCUCCCUGCCUCCCCCUACCUCUCCCUACACCUCCCCCUACCUCUCCCUACACCUACUCCUACAUCUCCCCCUGCCUCCCCUACACCUCCCCCUGCCUCCCCUUCACCUCCCCCUGCCUUAGUGUGGUUAUAUAUGGUCCCUACAUGUCCCUAGAUGUCCCUAUUACAGAAAUAACUUUUCUCAAAUUAGUAUGGAGGAUAACCUUGCCUAGCCGACAGCAGCAGCAAAGCAGACUUAGUUAAGAGUGUACACACACACACGCUGCAUCUUUAUCCAAUCCUAGCAGACCAACAGGACCACCCCUCUGUUUCCUUAAGAAUGUCAUUGGUUCUCUAGAGACAACCCUCUUGCCACAGCUCCCUAAUCUGCCUGUGUCUGUGUGCUGGGUAUUAUGGUCUAUUGGAGUGUUUAGGCCGGGGCUUUACUCUUUGAUAUCCCACACUCACCAUAAGAGGCUCUGCGGCUCCUCCAUGCCUGUUACCCAUGACGACAUGGUGACUUUGUGUGGCGGUGCUAUAGCUGCACUACACGUCUGUUGCUAUGACGAGAUGAAGAAAGAUGCGGAAACCAUGCCGGCCUGUUCCCCCGUGCCCCUCUGCUAGUGGUGGUGAUGGGGUGGAUAGGUAAGGGUGGUAGGGGGUAUUUGGGGGGUCAGGGGUAGGUAAGGGGGCUAAUGUUGUUAUUGUGUACGGUCCAGGCACACAGAGAGGGUCCCCUGACCCUGUAGCGGCUGUAGAACUGUGAUCAGUUCCCAACCAUUACAGACAGACAUAUGACAGGCAGCAGCUCACUCCUCUGCUCUAUGGUCUUAUCAGGACAAAGCACAUGUUUCUGCUGCUAGAGAACCUCUAAAACCCGCUGAGAAAGAGACACAAACACAUACACACUGCUGCUUGAGCCCUCACAAAAUCAGGCCUUUUCUCUCCCUCCAUCCAUUGCUCUCUCUCUCCCUCCCUCUGUCUCUCAGAAGAACAGAAAGGAAGAACACUCUGUUCUCACCCAAGAUUGGAGGAGUAGGAGGGCGCAACAAGAAAAUGAUUCCAAACAAGACAAAAUGUGGAGGCAGAGGACAGUAGUGUGUUUAGUUAGUUUAAUGCUCCGGAGUAGAGUUUGUGGAGUGACGAGGUAAUUAAGCCAUUUGACUGCCUACAAAGGAGGAGGAGGAGGAGAAGACUUCCUCUGACUUCCUCUAAUCUCUCUCCCUUUUUCUUUCCCCUCCCAGUUUUCAGGGGAGGUUCCAGAGAACCGGGUCAAUGUUGCGGUUGCCAACCUGACCGUGAUUGACCGCGACCAGCCACGCUCGCCCAACUGGAACGCUGUGUACAGGAUCAUCAGCGGUGACCCCAUA